UUCGUUGUGUCCUCCUUCCUCCCCUCUCUCUCUCACUCGCUUACACAUCUCAACACUUUCUCUUUUUUACUUUGCCGGAAAAUGGAUCCCGUUUCCGAGUGGGGCAAUACCUCUCUCGCCGUCGUGGACCCAGAAAUCCACGAUCUCAUCGAGAAGGAGAAGCGCCGCCAAUGCCGCGGAAUCGAGCUUAUCGCUUCCGAAAACUUCACCUCCUUCGCCGUAAUGGAAGCCCUUGGCAGCCCGCUCACCAACAAAUACUCUGAAGGCGUGCCCGGAAACCGGUACUACGGCGGCAACGAGUACAUCGAUGAGAUCGAGAAUCUCACGCGCUCACGCGCCCUCCAGGCCUACCGCCUCGACCCCACCAAAUGGGGCGUCAAUGUCCAGCCAUACAGCGGGUCCCCUGCAAAUUUCGCCGCCUACACGGCCGUGCUGAACCCGCAUGACCGUAUAAUGGGGCUUGAUUUGCCUUCUGGCGGGCAUCUGACUCACGGUUACUAUACUUCCGGAGGGAAGAAGAUUAGCGCGACGUCGAUCUAUUUCGAGAGUUUGCCUUACAAGGUGGAUUCAAAGACUGGGUAUAUCGAUUAUGAUAGGUUGGAGGAGAAGGCCAUGGAUUUUAGGCCCAGGUUGAUCAUUUGUGGCGGGAGUGCUUAUCCCAGGGACUGGGAUUACAAGAGGUUUAGGGAGAUUGCAGAUAAAUGUGGGGCGCUUUUGCUUUGUGAUAUGGCUCAUAUCAGUGGCCUUGUUGCUGCUCAGGAAGCGGCAGAUCCUUUUGAGUAUUGUGACUUGGUCACAACUACAACCCACAAGAGUCUGAGGGGUCCCAGGGCUGGUAUGAUCUUCUACAGGAAGGGUCCCAAGCCUGCCAAGAAGGGCCAGCCACAGGAUGCAGUAUAUGACUUUGAGGACAAGAUCAACUUCGCUGUGUUCCCCUCUCUUCAGGGAGGUCCCCACAAUCACCAAAUUGGUGCUCUUGCUGUGGCUUUGAAACAGGCAGCAACCCCUGCAUUCAAGGCCUAUGCUAAGCAAGUCAGAGCCAAUGCUGUAGCAGUUGGAAAUUAUCUGAUGAGCAAAGGAUACAAGCUUGUCACUGGUGGAACAGAGAACCACUUGGUUCUGUGGGAUCUUCGCCCUCUUGGAUUGACUGGAAACAAGGUUGAGAAACUCUGUGACCUAUGUAACAUCACUGUUAACAAGAAUGCAGUAUUUGGUGACAGCAGUGCUUUGGCCCCUGGAGGAGUUCGCAUUGGUACUCCCGCCAUGACGUCAAGGGGAUUGGUUGAGAAAGACUUUGAGCAGAUUGCGGAAUUCCUCCACCGGGCCGUGAGCAUCACCUUGAAGAUCCAACAGGAGCAUGGCAAACUAUUGAAGGACUUUAACAAGGGUCUGGUGAACAACAAAGACAUUGAAGAACUCAAGGCUGAUGUUGAAAAAUUUGCAUCCUCAUUUGACAUGCCUGGCUUCAAGAUGUCUGAGAUGAAGUACAAGGACUAAGUCGAUUACAUUAUCUUCUGCUCUAAGGCUUUUCAAUACUUUGAUUCAUCAUUAAAUUUUGCCUUCAUUUUCACCCAAAUAUGUACCGGGCGAAAUAAUAAUUUUUACUCUGCCCGCUGCUUCUGUUCUGUUUUCUACAGUCGUAGGUUUUACUGGAUUGCCAUUGUGUUGGUGGAAAGUCGUAGCUGUUUAUGUAAGUUUGAAGCGAAAAUCCUACUGAAUUAAUGCACUACCAGUGAUAUUAUUUGGUAUUUAAAGUUCAGUUCCCCGUU